CCCAAGCGAACUGGGGAUUGUGAAGAGGUGUGUGGGGGGUGUUGAGAUACGCGCCACGCACACGCGCGCCUGCCCCGUCUGAUCACUGCCUGCUGCGCUAAUUGGGUCGUUGAUUGAUCGAUCGAUCCGCCCGUGGCGAGGCAGGGGGGUUGGCGGAUUGAUCGGCGCGGACAGGCGAUGGAGGGCGCCGCCGAGGAGAGGCUCUGCGCCGAGUUCAGGAGCAUCACGGGCGCCGACCGCGGCCUCGCCAAGCAAUACCUGGGCCGGGCCGCCUGGGACCUGCAGCACGCCCUGAACACCUACUUUGAGGGGGACACUGACCCGGGCAGCUCGGUGGCUUCCGCGAUGCAGCCGCCCCCCGUGGAGGUGCUGGACGUGAGCUCCGACCUGGAGGUCAUCGAGGAGAACUCGCUGCCCCCCAACCUGCACAGUGCUAGCGGCGGGGACGAGGGGUCUCUGUCGCUGCUCUGCUGGAACCUGGACGGGCUCAUGGAGGAGCAGAUCCAGCUUCGAGCUCGUGGGGCCUGCAACAUCAUCGCAUUACACUCUCCCGACGUGGUUUAUCUGCAAGAGCUGGUGCCUCCCUACCUCGGCUACCUGCAGCAGCGAGCCACCAGCUACCACAUCAUCCCCGCUGAUGAGCAGGGCUACUUCACUGCCGUGAUGCUGAAGAAGUCUCGCGUGCGGCUCAUCUCCCACGAGGUCAUCCCCUUUCCUACCUCCGUCAUGGGGCGCAACCUACUGGCGGUCAGGGCGGAGGUGUCGGGGGUGCCGCUGUACCUGCUGACGUCGCAUCUGGAGAGCACCGUCUCGCACACCAAGGAGCGCGUGCGCCAGCUUCAGCAGGUGCUGCAGAGGAUUGCGCUCGCGCCUAGCAACGCCACCACCAUCUUCGGGGGCGACACCAACCUGAGGGACAAGGAGGUGUCUCAGAUCGGGGGGUUGCCCCCCGGCGUGGGUGACGUGUGGGAGCUGCUGGGCCGCCCCGAGGAGACGCGCUACACUUGGGACACCACCCUCAACGACAACCUCAAGCUGGGGGGCGCUCGCUCCUCCCGCCUGCGCUUCGACCGCCUCUUCUACCAGCAGCCGCUCACCGCUCGCUCGCCCGGACCUUCCAGCCCACCCGGUGGCGGCGGCGGCGUGGACGCCACGGUCGUGCCGCGCUCGCUGCGCCUUGUGGGGACCGAGCGUCUGGCGUGUGGGAAGUUCCCCAGCGACCACUGGGGGUUGCUGGCACACUUUGACCUGGUGCUGUAGGCGGUGGCGUGUCCGUUUAAGGCAGGCCCCCUUGACGCGCCACCGUGCAGGCGAGUGGCGGGCCCCGCGCGUGCAUGCAUGUGCGCGAGAAUGUUUCAUCUCCCCCGUGGUGUGUCGAUGCGUUCCGUGUGUUCACCGCUUUGGUCACGACGUCACGAUCGCGACGGGAAUGGCGCAGCACGCUUCCCGGGUCCCACGGGGACCCGGCCACGGUUUUCUUGUUUCAGUAGCUGAACCACCAUUGCCCUCCCCGCACAAGGCCUCCGCAUGACACGUGUUGGCUGAAAGGGUCGUAGGCUGGCGUUAAGACCGUCGUUGUCUUUGAAAUGUAACCUGCAUUAGGUAAGGUACUUCAUGUUUCCGAGUUCUGUACAUUCCUUAGGCGAGGAACAUGACUUUAAAAUACACGCCCACCCUGGCUGUAGAGCGAGGGUAUUAGUACAGUACACACGCGAAGGGUUUUAAAGUGGACAAUCUUUUUGUUUUAGCCGAUGCACAGGAGAACGUGACGUCAACAACGGAAAGAGUUGAGGAUUGGAGACCAGCUGCGAAUUUAUUUUUUCGCCUGAAGGUGGGGAGAUUUUGGUGAGGUGAGGGUAUGUAUGUGUCAUGAGCGACUUCCGCGGCACGCCGAGUAGAGGGUACUCUUCUUUAUUUCACAUACGGGCACAACACAGGCCAACCUUCUCUUCUUGUAUUUCCGAGUACACACUUAGAUGUUAGCGUCCUUACAGACUACGCACACGGUCGAUCAUCCGGCGUGGUUCCAUCCGUUCACUUCCGGCCUCGCCGCUGACUGAUGGCGUGCCGGUAAUGGCGGUGGAACUCCGCAGGAGAUCCGCCACUUGGCUGAACGAUGGAGAAAGAUGACGGCGAGCAGCGACGCAGUCCGGACCCAAGACUCCACACACCGACCGAGUCCUCCACUUAUAUUGCCGCAGGCCCGGCUAGCCUCCGCCUCUGGAACCUUCCAGCGGGUUCCCGGAGUAUCUCGGCUAGCCCCACCCCUUACCUUUGGCCCAGAUAUCUCUCCCUUUAGGAUUGGAUGAUGUUUUAGUGGUGCCCGUACCCGUGCUUCCCUUUUCCCACCAGCAGGUGUCAUCAUAUCAUUACAUCUGUAUGUUGAACUUAUUUCGCACUGUGCGUAGCCAACCGUGCUAAGGACAACAAACUAAACACAACAGUUCUCAAGAAAUUAGUUCUAAAUCUACAUUUAAAAGUGCAUAGCUCCAGUGGCUUCCUAAUAUCGGAAGGAAGAGCAUUCCAGACGGCCGCAGAAACGCUUCUGAAAGCGCGCCAUGCGGUGACCAUCUUGGUUCGAUAGCUCGGCAAAAGCCGCUGCAAGAAUGACCGGAGUAGAGUGUGGCGAUGAACGUUGGAAGUCGUGAAGGCACCAAGGAGCCUUCCAGUAUUGAGGAUUUGAAGUGAUUUAGAGAGCGAGGAGCAGAAGGAUUGACAGCUGAGGGGCACAGGGAGAAAAAUGUUAACACCACGUAAAUAUUGUAACAAGUUUGAGCACUUUGUGAAGGAGAGGGCGAGCGUUGAGGUUUCUCCGUGGUUUAGUCUCAACCUGCCAUGGGGUAUUUGUUCGAGUUUCAUGUUUUUUCUUUGAAAUCCAAAUAAAAAACGGUUCUGUUUGUA